ACGUGCACAUCUGCGAAACUGCUUAGAGAAACUUAAAGAUAUAGUACCGUUGGGCCCCGAAGCAUCUAGACACACAACAUUAGGACUUUUAACUAAGGCGAAAAGGUUUAUAAAGAACCUUGAAGACAAAGAACGGAAACACUCACUAUAUAAGGAUCAGUUAAGCCGAGAACAAAGGUACCUUAGGAGAAGACUGGAACAGCUUUCGUUACAUUUCGCCAUGUCAAAAAGACGUUCCCUUUCGGAAUGCUCCUCCUCAACAAUAAGUAGUAACCAUUCUACGACGUCCUUCUCGUCUGCGCCUUCGCCCAUUUCCGAGUCAGUUUUGAUGUCCGCCUACUCUUAG